AGUCCCGCCUCCUCCUGGGCAGGAGACCAAUAGGCUUCCGCCUGCAGGGGCGGUCUGCUGAUGUCACGGCUCCUGUGUGCAGUGGACCAAUGGGCUCGCGGCUCCUGAUGACGUCAGCCAGCAGUCGGUUCCUCCAGCACACAGCUUCAUUUUCUGCUCAGCUUUUGUGUUAAAAUGGAGGCUGCUCUCCUGCUGUAGGAGCUUCUGUGUUCUAGCUGCGCCGCGCGCUGACAUGCAGCUCGUCUGAGGCAUGAUGGUCGUAGACGCUCCUAAUCCCAACGGGCCGUUCCCGCCUGUGGCUCUCAUGCACUUCAGAGAUGUGGCUCCGGCCGAGCAGGAGAAGCUCUUCGUCCAGAAGCUGCGUCAGUGCUGCGUUCUGUUCGACUUCCUGUCCGAUCCGCUCAGCGACCUGAAAUGGAAGGAGGUGAAGCGGGCGGCGCUGAGCGAGAUGGUGGAGUACAUCAACCACAAUCGCAGCGUCAUCACGGAGCCCAUUUACCCGGAGGUGGUGCACAUGUUUGCGGUGAACAUGUUCAGGGCUCUGCCGCCUUCAUCGAACCCGACGGGAGCAGAGUUCGACCCGGAGGAGGAUGAACCCACUCUGGAAGCAGCCUGGCCUCAUCUACAGCUGGUGUACGAGUUUUUCCUGCGGUUUCUAGAGUCGCCCGACUUUCAGCCGAAUAUCGCAAAGAAAUACAUUGACCAGAAAUUUGUGAUGCAGCUUCUGGAGUUGUUUGACAGUGAAGAUCCACGAGAGAGAGAUUUCCUGAAAACCACCCUGCACCGAAUAUAUGGGAAGUUUCUCGGGCUGCGCGCUUACAUUAGAAAGCAAAUUAAUAACAUAUUUUACAGGUUUAUUUACGAGACGGAGCAUCACAACGGAAUCGCUGAGUUACUGGAGAUCCUGGGCAGCAUCAUCAACGGCUUUGCUUUACCAUUAAAAGAGGAGCACAAGAUCUUCCUGCUGAAGGUUUUACUGCCGCUGCAUAAAGUGAAGUCUCUGAGCGUCUAUCACCCGCAGCUGGCGUAUUGUGUGGUUCAGUUCCUGGAGAAGGACAGCACGCUCACUGAACCGGUGGUCAUGGCUCUUCUCAAGUACUGGCCCAAGACUCACAGUCCGAAGGAGGUGAUGUUCCUCAACGAGCUGGAGGAGAUCCUGGACGUGAUCGAGCCGUCCGAGUUCGUGAAGGUCAUGGAGCCGCUCUUCCGUCAGCUGGCCAAGUGUGUGUCCAGUCCUCACUUCCAGGUGGCGGAGAGAGCGCUUUAUUACUGGAAUAACGAGUACAUCAUGAGUCUCAUCAGCGACAACGCAGCCAGGAUCUUACCCAUCAUGUUCCCCGCGCUUUACCGCAACUCCAAGAGCCACUGGAACAAGACCAUUCACGGCUUGAUCUAUAACGCACUGAAGCUCUUCAUGGAGAUGAACCAGAAGCUGUUUGACGACUGCACACAACAGUUCAGAGCCGAGAAGAACAAAGAGAAGGCCAAGCUGAAGGAGAGAGAGGAGGCCUGGAUGAAGAUCGAGAGUCUGGCCAGAUCAAACCCGCAGUACGUUAUGUGUGUUGAUCCGUCUGGACUAAACAGUCCUGUAGAAAUGGAGACCGAUGGUCCCUUUAUAGAAGAUGUUCAGAUGUUAAAAAAGACAGUGCAGGCCAGAGCCAUUCAGAUGGCGAGGGAGCAGAGGAAGGAGCGGCCGCUCGUCAGACGUAAAUCGGAUCUUCCUCAGGACUCCUUCACCACCAAAGCCUUGGAGACGCACCGGCGCGCCGAAGACAUGCUGACCAACCACGACGGCCGCUAGCUCUCGCCGCUCACGCUCAGGGACGCUCCACCUCUCCGGGGUUUUCUUGACUCUCUUCUGUGGUUGGUUCCUCACCAUCGGUCCGGGCGGCUCGCCGCUGCGUGGAUGAGAACACGCUGAAAGCUGAAACUCUCCAGCGCGAGCGGAAAGCUGUCUUUGCGUUUCAGAUUUGUGUUUGUUUUCAGGGACGGUUGCCAGUGCCAAGACUGUCAUGUUGAUUAGAGUUUUAUUUGUGUGUUUAUCGCUUCAGCUAAUGUGGUGUUUCAGACUAAAGCACGUCUGUCACGUGUUCUCUGUGUGUGUCGCUCAGAUCUGAUGACUCUAGUUAGUUCACUUCUGUGCCAUGAUGAACUCUAACCGUUUAGUUGAACUUUGUUUCUCUGGCAGAAUCUGCCGCUCAUUGUGCUGUGUUACUGGUUCAAACAAUGGUACGGUUUCUCCAUCGGAUCCGUGUCGUGUGCGACGGCUGAGUCUCACAAACAUUCCCGGAUCAAUUCCACAACACGGUUCUUACAGCAGAGCUCUGGGAUCCGUUAGGAAGCUCUUCUGAUCUCCAGACUGUGACUCUCAAACACGUCCAGAAGGAUCUCAGUGCCUUUCAGCGGCUGUGACUCCGAUGAGAGCCUGCGGUCCGUUCGGAUGAAUCCAGAUCCACACACAGCGGUGUGACGCCGACGCUUCGAUUGUUCAUUUCCAUCCGGAUGCUUUCCUCUUACUUUAUUGAACUACCUAGAAGCACUUCCUGAAAACUUGAAAACUCUACAGUGUGUGUGUGUGUGUGACUGUGUGAGUGUGUGUGUGUGUGAGAGAGAGAGAGUGUGUGUGUGUGUGACUG